AUGGCGACGGGGAUGAUGAUGACAAUGAAGGAUUCAGAUGUAAGGAUACCUCCCCUCGUCGCCAACGUGAAUGACGACGCUCCAAGAGAUACAGUACUGUUAUCACGACCACCAUCGGAAAUCGCAAAUCUCCUCAACGACCUCCUAAAUGACGUCGUUUCCAGUGAUUCGACAUCGUUAUCUUCUGCAUCAUCGUCGCUUUCAAGCGAACCUUUAUUUUGGGGGAGGAGCUUCAGCGAUGCCCGUCUCUUAGGUGACGUAGUCAGCGACCAAGGUGAGGAUGUCCAGACCGUCAACGAUGACGGUAUGAUAGCUGGUCGGGCUAUGGCAGCCAAUACUCGUACAAGAUAUCGCCCAGGAUUUCGACGUGCGUCUGAUGUGUAUGGCAUAGACAUGGCGCCUGCUACUGCCAAAUACAUCACAUUUACCAAUGCUUCAUAUGGUAAAUGCGGAGUGCGACCGCCUAUCCUACCGGGGGUUCACCGUAUAGCAGCAGGAAGUGAUGCGGUUGAUCGCUGGCCUUGGCAGGUUAUGCUUCUUAAUGCUACAACAAGAGAACCAUUCUGUGGAGGCACUCUCAUCACCAACGAACACGUCUUGACUGCAGCUCAUUGCUUCCAUGGGAAGAACAUCCAUGAGAUCACCAUCCGCAUUGGCGAACAUGAUAUCUCGUACGAUGACGGCUACGAACAGGACUUCGAUAUUGACUGCCUUCACGUCCAUCGGAGGUUUGAAAUCUCGUCCUAUCGUCAUGACAUCGCACUCAUUAAACUCGCCACCAACAUCACCCAUACCGUUCAGUUGAGUGAUUACGUAAGACCAGCUUGCUUACCUGAGCCUAUGGAGUUUGAAGAGGGCCAUUCGUGUCACAUCACUGGCUGGGGCUAUAGGGGAUAUGUUGACUGGUUCCUGAACACCAGACCUAAUACGCUACAGGAAGCAACAGUGCCACUACACACCAACAGAGAAUGUAAGAAUGCUUAUGGUACUCGGGUCAAAGCCAAGAUGGUCUGCGCUGGUUCGGAGCUUUAUGGGAAACGAGCAGACACCUGUAAGGGUGACAGUGGAGGACCGUUGGUAUGUCAGGCCAGCGAGACCGGUCCUUAUAAGCUGUGGGGAAUCACAUCAUGGGGAGAUAACACAGUCUGUGAUCCUAACCCAAGGAAAUGGAAACCAGGAGUUUAUACCAGAGUAGAGAGAUACCUGAGAUGGAUCCAGAGGAAGUUGAGAUCUAGGAAAUGCUGGUGAGAUAGGUUUGACGAGGGUGAUGCUGGACAUGCUGGAACAGAGGGAUUACUUCAAAGACGAUAAACCCUGGUAGCAGUUUCUCAUUGUGGUCUCUGUAGUUUCUGAUAUGAGUCUGAAACAGAGGUCUAAAUGUUGGUUAGAUAGCUUUAGGUCUGGAGGAUGCUGCUGUAACAAGGAGAUGAAAGACCACUACACCGGAUGGCAGUUAACCGUGUAAAGUUGGUUUUCUCAAAGUGUGCAUCCUCUGUAGCUUCUGAGAUGACUCUGAAGCAGAGGUACAUCUAGGAAAUGCUAGUAAAAUGGGUUUGACAAAGGUGAUGCUGGAACAGGGAGUUUUAUUUCAAAGACCACAUUCCCAGAUGGCAGUUACCCAUAUUGAGUUGGUUUUCUCAAAGGCUGUCCUCUGACAUGACAUUGAAGCCGAGGUCUAGGUGACGGAGAGAUGACAACCAUGACUUGUCUACACGAUGAUGCUGAAACUUGGAGAGAACCUGGAAUGCCGCAAUCCCAAUGUGGUCUCAGUUUGAGGGCUGGAAGGACUUUCGAGUCUAGAAAGGGGAGAUGAUUCAGGAGAUAACAAUCCAAGAUAGAUCGUUGGAUAAUUUUAAUUGAAUAGUUUUCUUCAAGGUUAAUCCUUGUAACAAAUUAAAUCCCAAUGCUGGUUGUGAAUACUGGAAAAAGAGAGGGUCUCAGAGUUUUGCAGUGUUUUAAAAAAUCACUGCUAAUUGGGAUCACUCUGUGCUGGAAGGUUAAAAUUCGCAAGACAUCAUCACUAACUUUGAGAGUUGAAGUGAUGACUCUUUAUAUUGAAAUCACGAAAUGAAAAGUAAAUGGAAUUUGGUGUUCGUCCGGUAUGCAGAUGAAUGAAGUAUAAUUCAUAUUUGAAAGGAAAGGAGCCUCCAUCUCAUGACUUUAUUUCUGCUAAGCAAUAACAAAAAUCAAGUUAAUUUUUUAAAAAGACUAGCCUUGGUUUGUAUGUCUCGCACUAGUAAUUGAUCUUGAAUAUGAAGAUUGAAUUUGUGAAGGAAGAGGAUUGUGAAAUAUUCGAUUUUCCCUGCAUUUUAUCUUGAGUGGGGUAUCAUCCUAAGAUAGCAUUCAAAGUUAAAUAUAUGUGAGAUGAUUUCACUAAUCAAACGAUGAAGAAAUUCCUAUAGAAAAAAUUAAGACAACUAGCUUGUCAAGAGUACUGCGAGAUAGAUGUAGUCAAUGCCUUACCAUUAAUGUAUUCUCUCCAAGUUAAUUUAGUCAGCAUAAUAUAGCUCUGUCAGAAGCACUUGAUGAACCUCAUGAACACACAAGUUGCUUCUUAAAUGCCAACUACACUGGGAACAAAUUUCCAACACUAAAAUAUGCUUGAAUCAAACUCACACGAAGCAGUUAUCAAAUUCAUGCAAUAUUGUAACCAACAUGUGAACAGUUUUUAAAACCAUUCAUAAUUUAUUGAAAUGUAACUAUUUAAUUCAUAAUUUAUUAACUCAUUAAGAGAGAAAGAUGGAAAUCUUUCAGGAGUGUAUUUAUCUUGUGGCUGAUUUUAAAAAGAAUUUGCCAUUAAAAUUACAAUUCUGUAAAUUAUCUCAAUUUGUAAAUUAUAUAUGUUCAUUCAUUUUCCUCAUUGUACAGUGUGUGAAAGCUGUUAUUUAUGUAAUGAAAUAUUUUAUAAGUAUUCAUAUUUUGUACUGCAUAUAACUUAUAUUAUUUAUUAAACAAUGUAUUUAUGUAUUCUAUGCUAUUUUCCCACGGGUUGAUUUACUGCUGGACAAUUUUUUUUUACAGCACGGUACUUUGGUCAACAGGGUUUAUUCAUUGUAAUGUAUUCAAAUAUAAAUGUGUUUUAAUUUGUGUAAAUCUAAAACCUUGUUUUAUUAUUAGUGAUGUCGAAAUCAUAAUUUCAUCAUCAUAAAUGCAUUAAUGUGCACGAUGUUAUUGUACCCAUGGAGAUGGCUAUGAAAGAUAAAUCUUGCGCGAAUAUUAUCAUCAAGUUAUAUAUUGCUUUGAAAAAUAGUACAUGUCUAUUUAAAAAGGUUAGACUGAAUUAUAAUGAGAUUAAUAUACAUCUGAUUCUUUUGAUUAAAAGCUUUAAUCUUUGGGAAAACGUGUCAUGUACCAGGUAUAUAGGGAAACGAAUCUAAUGAAUAAGUACAAGUAAUCUCCCACUAACUGAUUGUGAUAUAUGUAUUAUCAUAUCCAGGGGUAAAUCUCUGGAUUUUCAUCCGGCGUUCAAAUCCCACCGCAGCGCUCGCGUCAUUUGAUAAGGUGUUUACCUACAUUUGCCACUCUCCACCCAGGUGUAGUAAAUGGGUACCCGGUAUAGGAAGCAUUUCCUUGAAUGCUUGAGCGUUUGAUCCGGGUAGCCGUGCUAAAGCUGGAGGCAUGGAAGUAGCGCUUAACAAAAUUGUAAUAAGCACUAUAUAGAUGUUAAAUAUUGUCAUAUCUAAUUGAUGUCUGUACCCCCACUAAACACACAUUCAUCAUAAUUUCUCAGUAAGAGAAAGAUUGAUAUAUGAAAGUUUUGAUUGGUUUAUUUGAUUGAUAAAUUGAUAAUUAACAGAUUGAUUGACUCGCCAAACAAGACGAACUUCAUGUUUGAUCAAUAACCAAAUUACAGCUUUGUAGAUGGUUAAAACUGUUACAAACUCGAAUUACAGUGGUACGUAUGCUUUUUGUGAGAAUUCCCAUGUCACAAUAAUAAUUAAACAAAAAGAUUAUCAUUAUUGCAUUUUUUAAGAUAAAAAACUUUACAUACUUGAGUAUGAGUAUGAAUUCUUGUGUGAGAGAGAGAGAGAGAAAAAAAAAUCACUGCAUCCCAUAUCAAGUGAACGUGUGCUGCAUUUGACGAAUGCUGCAGACUAUUUAACAAUAACGAAGUUCAGCUGUAUUCAUGUACAUGUUUGGUGCUCUUUGCUAAAUAUUCAGAUAUUUAACUGAACUCUGAACUUAAGUUAUUGCCACUAGAUUCACAAAAUAUUCAGAAAAAUAACUUGUUCAUUUUGUUUUUCAAAUUUGUUUUGUUUUAAUUUUGUUCUAAUUACUAUGCUAGCGAAAGCCCGAACGAGUCCAUAUCUAGGAAACCUCGAGUCCUGGAUAAAGGUGUUUUUUUUAAUGAUGUAGCCAACAUUAAUGCCUAUUUUCUUAAGAAGCAUAAUUUACCAAAUCUUUUAGUUUCUGGGAAAGUAUUCAUAUCCUGAUUUGAAAUCCUAUCAAUCAUAUUUUAAUUUCUUGUAUCGUUUAGAUACCUUGAAUGGGCAAUGAACUAAGAGAAGUAUGGUGUAUCUCUAGAAGACAAUCACAGUAAGAUGAUAAAUAGGCUAACUCUAUACUCAGCAUUACCUUAGUUGCUGACCGCAAAUAAUAUCUAGAUAUUCCUUGAAAUGUUAGAGCUUUUAAAUGGAUACUCCGGGCUGAAAAUAUAUCUAAAUAAAUAGAGUAUAAUUCACAAAGCAAAAUGCUGAAAAAUUGAUCAAAAUCGGAUAGCAAAUAACAAAGUUAUUGAAUUUUAAAUAUUUGCAUUAUUCCGGUGAAACAGUUCUAGGCAUGUAUUCAUGAACAUGAUGAAUAUUCAUUAGGCCGGCUGAUGAUGUCACAAUCCUACUUUUCUUUUUCUUUUGUUAUUACAUGAAAUCAUAAUUGUUUCAUUGUUCAUUGUUCAUUGUUUCAUGUGUAAGUGAUGUGUCUCCAUAAUGGUAAAACAGGUUGCAGCAAUAAAUAACUAAUGCACUUAAUCAGUUUACAAUCCAUUCUUGGUAGAAUUUUUUUUUGAUAAACCUAAUUUCAUAAAAUACAAAAGAACAAGUGGGGAUAUGACAUCAUCAGCCCACCUAAUAAAUAUUCAUGCAGACAUGCCUUGAACUGUUUCACCGGAAUAAUGCAAAUCUUUAAAAUUCACUAUCUUUGUUAUUAUUCAUCCGAUUUUGAUCAAAUUUUCAGCAUUUCGCUUUGUGAAUUUUACUUUAUCUAUAGCGAUAUAAAUGUCUUCAGUCUGGAUAAUCCAUUUAAGCAGAAUCUGAGGGUACUGCUUCAACAAUUAAGAACGAUUAUUCCCUAUAAUGGUCACCUAAUAGUUUAAUGAUCUUAACAAUAUUUGUUUUCAAUGUAGAAAAUGUAUAGAUAUUUUAAAUAUGAUAAGGCUGCACAUUAUUAUGUUAAUUUAAGCAUGACUUGAAAUAGAUGUGUAAAUUAGUUUAUCUGUAUAUCGCUGAAAGUACUGUGAAACAUUUGAUAAAUUAUCAAGAACUUACAAAAUACUUG